GCGGAAAGACUGAGAUUAUCUGUGCGGCGCGAGAAUGAAUUAUCAUUUUCCUUUCGUUUGCACCCAUCAUUGGACCAAAAUAAAACCCACCAGAGAGCUAGCGGAAGACGCAUUGCACUACAUUACAUUAUGAGCUCCGGACCCAAAAUCCCAAGCAAAGAAUAACAUCCUAAUCAGAACAUACAUAUGUAAAUAAGUACAUGUAUGUACUUCUUCCCUGUUGUAAGUAUUAAAUAAAGUUAUGUCUCGGGCAUCGACAUCUGAACGUUCUAACUCUGAAGACAGCCACUCACAGAGUUGCUUGACCGAGGUGCUCAGGAACUGUGCCGAUAUUCAAUCGCUGGAAAGCUUGAGCCUGCCACACAGCUACGACUACAACGAACGUAAGAUGAUUUCCCCAAACCCGUACUCCUUCAGCGGGAACGUGUCGAAUAGCAGCUGCGCCAGCGAAGACGUUUCCUUCACAGACUUUAUACUCGAGGACAAUGGCCGCAUUUCGUUGGCCUACGAAAAUCUAAGAAGCAUCCCAAGGCGACUUGCAGACAAAUUUGCAGCACAGACCAAGUGCCUCGACCUUAGUCAUAAUGACUUUCGCGAUUUGAAAUUUCUCUCCUUCUUCGAGGACCUGGACACACUGAUUUUAGACAGAAAUGUGAAUUUGGACUUAAACACACUACCGUAUCUCCCAAGCCUUAAUAUAUUGUGGAUCAACAACUGCGAUGUCUCGAACAUAACCGACUGGAUACACCGCAUCGAACGUCACUGCCCGGCACUGGAACAGCUGUCGUGCAUGGGCAACCCUGGCAUCAACACCGUCUUCGGCCGUCAGGGUGCCGAAAUGGCUGUAGCACGCGACUAUAUUCUUCAAGUAUUACCAAAUCUUAAAUAUCUUGACGGUGUGCCGGUCUCCCAGAACAGCGGGAACGGAAGCCAUGCUCUCUCCACAUCCCAAAGGCAAUGCCAAGACUCAACGAGUCACUCAGGCAGUGGGAAAAUUUCAACACCGACGCUCGCUUUCAAAAAUCUCUUUCGACUCAAACCAUCGCCGAAGCCGCACUAUACUGAUGGAGCUCGAGGCGAUCAGAUGUUUGAAAACGGAUCCUCCACAAACUGACGUAACAUUAAAACACGGUUCGGAAAGAGAACAUACAUGUGCAUGUCAUAUUCAGGCAUCCAUGGAACUAUCAGUGAUGCACUCAUUCACCUAAAUUGAACGAAAUCAGUUAGUGUUCUUCAUUGUGACUUGGAUUAUUAAAAAUAUGCUGUGCUAAUUUUAUUCAUUGUAACAUUAUAACUCAAAGACCACGUUGGUCAAUAUCUAA